AUGGCUGAAGCACUUGUUUCUGUUGUCUUGGAGCAGUUGGCUUCAUUCGCUCGUCAACAGAUUGAUGGACAGUGGACGCUGGUGGUGGGUGUUGAUGACCAAGUCCAAAAGCUCACUAGCCAUUUCCAGGCCAUUCGAGCUGUCCUUGAAGAUGCAGAGAGCAGACAAUUCAAGGAUAGUGGUGUGAGGGAUUGGCUGGAUAAGCUUAAAGAGGCAUCUUAUGAUAUAGAUGAUGUGUUGGAUGAGUGGAACACUUCUAUUGGGAAAUUACAACUUAAGGAAGUUAGGAAUGCCUCCAAGCCUAUGAUAAAAAAGGUAUGUUCCAUCAUCCCCUGUUAUAGCUUUUGUUUUAGAAAAGUUAUCCUGCCUUGUGCCAUUGCUCGCAAGAUAAAAAGUCUAAAUAAAACACUAGAUGUUAUUACUACAGAAAAAAAUAUGUUUGAUUUUAGUUUGAAAGAGGGCAACGUAGAAGUAAGACGACUAACGACUACAUCUCUUAUAGAUGUGCCAACGGUCCAUGGAAGAGAUACUGAUAAGGAUGAAUUAUUAAACAAGUUGUUGAAUGAGAGUAGUCAUGCACCAGCCAUCUCUAUCAUUUCUAUUGCAGGGAUGGGAGGAAUAGGUAAGACUACUCUUGCCCGAUUAGUUUUUAAUGAUGAUAAAGUAAAAGUCCAUUUUGAUGAAAGGAUAUGGAUAUGUGUCUCGGAGCCUUUUGAUGAGAUUAGGAUUGCAAAAGCAAUCCUUGAAUCUCUUACAGGUGAUGCAUCAAAUCUAGGAGAACUAGAAACUAUAUUGAGAAAGAUAAGUCAAUAUUUAGAGAGAAAGACCUUUUUUCUUGUCCUAGAUGAUGUAUGGACCGAGGAUCCCAAAGAUGUGGAACAAUUGAUGAUUGCUUUGAAAUGUGGUUCUCAAGGAAGUAGAAUUCUAGUUACCACUCGUAAGCAAAAUGUUGCCAAAACUAUAGGAGCCACCAACAUGAUCAUGUUAGAGACAUUAUCAGAAAAUGAGUCUUGGUCGUUAUUUAGGCAAAUUGCAUUUUUAGGUGAAGUCGAUAAAAACUUAGAAGAUAUUGGUGGAAAAAUUGUAGCCAAAUGCAAGGGCUUACCUCUUGCUAUAAAAACCGUAGGAAGCCUCUUGCGCUUCAAAACAAAUAUUGGAGAGUGGCAAAGUGUUCUAGACAAUGAAAUGUGGGAAAUAGAAGAGGUAGAAAGAGGGAUUUUUCCACCUUUAUUAUUAAGUUAUUAUGAUUUGCCUUCUACAUUGAAAAAAUGCUUCUCAUAUUGUGCUAUCUUUCCAAAAGAUUAUGAGAUAGAAAAAGAUGAAUUAAUUAAAUUAUGGAUGGCUCAAAGUUAUCUUAGGGAUGAGCGAAACAAGGACAUGGAAUUAAUUGGUGAGAAAUACUUUGAAAGUUUAGCAGUUCGCUCUUUUUUUCAGGAUUUUAAGAAAAAUGAAUAUGAUGGUAGCAUAGAAAGUUUUAAGAUGCAUGAUAUAGUGCAUGAUUUUGCUCAAUUUCUUACCAAAAAUGAAUGUUUUAGUAUAGAGAUAGAGAUUGAUAAUUACAAUGAGUCUCAGUUAAAGUCUUCAUUAAAAAAUGUUCGACACUCAAUGUUUAAAAAAAUUGUCGAAGGAAUUAUGUGA